AUCGAAUAUUAACCCCGACUCGGUUUCUUAAAUAACGAAAUAAUGAAAAGUUCCGCGAAAUUCCAAUUAUUUCUUGAUUUUGCCCUUCCAAAUUUCUUAAUUAUUAGAUCUCUCUCCAUUUAAUUUAUUAUUUCACAUCGAUUUAAAGUCGCCGCUAAUUCUCUUCUUCCCUUCCAUUAUUCUUUCAAAGAACGAAAAAAAUGCUGCACAGAAGCUUCAAGCCAGCGAAAUGUAAAACGGCGUUGAAACUAGCGGCGUCGCGUAUAAAGUUAUUGAAAAACAAACGAGAUGCGCAGGUUAGGCAGCUCAAGCGAGAAUUGGCUCAAUUGCUUGAAUCGGGUCAGGACCAGACUGCUAGAAUUCGGGUUGAGCAUGUGGUUAGAGAAGAGAAGACAAUGGCGGCGUAUGAUCUUAUUGAGAUAUACUGUGAACUUAUUGUUGCACGUUUGCCAAUCAUUGAAUCACAGAAAAACUGUCCCAUUGACUUGAAAGAAGCAAUAUCCAGUGUCAUUUUUGCAUCUCCAAGAUGUGCGGAUGUACCAGAAUUGAUGGAUGUCCGUAAGCAUUUUACAGCAAAAUAUGGGAAAGAAUUUGUUUCUGCUGCAGCUGAAGUACGUCCAGACUGUGGUGUUAGCCGCCUGUUGGUGGAAAAAAUGUCUGCCAGAGCUCCUGAUGGUCCCACGAAAAUAAAAAUUCUGAGUACAAUUGCCGAGGAACAUAAUGUUAAAUGGGUUCCUAAAUCAUUUGGCGAGAAAGAAAUGGAGCCUUCUGACAACUUGCUGAAUGGACCGAGUUCGUUCCAACAGGCCAGUAAAAUUAACACCCAAGAGCCACCCAAUAGUGUUGGUCAGGGACCUCCUAGUUCUGGACCUUCUUCCAAACACUAUGAAAGGCAUGAUGCACCUGUUAACUCGUAUGGCUCCAAUUCAAGAUCAUCACCACAUUCCCAAACCUUUCCUUCCACUAGCGCCGAUCCUAAUAAGGCAAUGCCAUCUGCCAAUUCUCAUGAUGACAAAAGAUCUUUUGGAACUGGGUCUGAAGAUGUGGAAUUUAGGCAUUCCUAUACUUCGGAGCACAGUCAUUCCUCUGCAGGUGGGCGGCGUUGGAAUAUGGAAUUUACGGAUGCUACAGCUGCUGCACAGGCAGCUGCUGAGUCUGCGGAACUAGCAAGUUUGGCUGCCAGAGCUGCUGCAGAACUUUCAAGCCAAGGAAGGAUAUCCAGGCAGCAGUCAACCGAGCCAAAAAAGGGUUCUCAUUUUAGGUCAAAUGAAGAAGGGCCUCAAAAUAAUUUUGACUCAAGGUCGGAAGGCAAAAAUCAUGGGCGAGUUCGAGCAGACAAUACAUCUCGCAGAAGUAACUCUGGGAAGAGUUUUGAGCAAAGUUUUGAAAAUGAACAAGAUGACCUGGCAGGAUUGGCUGAAAGGUUUAACAAUCUCAAGAGCUCUAAUAUAUCUGGCCAGUCAGCUUCCAUACAUUCCAGUAGUAGUUCUUUGGAUGAAUUCCCAAAUGUGAGUGAUCUUCAAAUGGUAGAUAGGCACUCUAGGAAAGCCUCAUACGAGUUCGAAAAGAGUGACCUUGCAGGUGAAGUAAAUACAAAGAGAGUAAAUAGCGAGGAAGAAUUUGCGAACGACUCGCCCCGUGGACUGAGAUCUGAGAAUGUUGGUUAUUUUGAAGAGGGAAGCAUCAGGAAACAGUCCAGCAGUGUCUUCACUGACCCUCAUUAUCAAACUCCCAGUGAUCAACACAAUAUACUUUCCAGUUUGAGCCAGCAGAAAUUUUCUGAAGAAGCUAAUAAGGAAUCUUUAUUUUUUGAUGAUGGAAAUAUUCAAAGAGAUGGAAACGAUAGAAAUUCAUUUGACAAUCAUGCUGUUGCUUUUGAUGAUUCUGGAUCAGAUGAUGACGAAUUGAAAUUUGAUGACAAGGAGGAUUACUAUGGCCAAAAUAAUUCAUAUUUUUCUUCUCAUCCUUCUGCAAUUAUAAGUGAUAAGAGCCCCAGGCUAAACAUGCAAGAUUCACUAGGAAAGUCCAGUUCACAGUCGCUCUUCGCCUCUGACUCCCACUUUGCGACUGUAUUUUCUGAAGAGUUGACAGAUGAUAUAGUUCCUUCACGAGCAGAUGACAUGUUACCUGGAACUUUUGACCAUUCAGAUGGACCAAGUUCAGAGAGUGAAGGGGAGCUGUAUGAAUCUAAGUUUCUUGCAAGUAAACGUGACAGCUCUUCUCCUCAUCAUGAGAUUGCAUAUACAAGUAAUCCUGAGGAAACCCAGAAUGUUGACGCUCAUAUGAUAGGAUCGCCAAACAUGGAAUUUAAUAGAAAGACAUGGAAACAGCAUUCUGCAACUGAUUCAGAUGUAUUAGUUCAUUCCGAAGGAAUCCAUGCAGUCGAAGUUGGUGUUGAAACUGAAACUGAUAGGAAGUUUGGUUAUGGUGAGGCGUCUCGCAUAUAUGGGAAAUCCAAAUCAAAUACCAAUAAGGACAGUUUGUUAUCAUCAGUGGACGAGGAUAUUCAACAAUUUCAAUCACUGGAUGCCUUGGAGAAUAGUAAACCUAUUAAUAACUCGAGUCUGGAAAAUGAUCCGGAGUUGAACUUUCCAAAGUUAACAGGUGGCUUUCGAAAUAAGGCUUAUAGGCAUCCACCGUAUGUUAGAAAUGCUUCAAAUGGUUCUUCAGUGUCCAAAGAAGCUGAAAAGGAAAAUUCUAUGAGGAUUGAGCAGCCAUCUUCAUCUCGUAAGGCUGAUAUUGAUUCUGGAGCUCGUGAUCAAGAACCGUACAAUCAUUUGGUGCACCAAAAAGUAAAUAAAAAAGAGAUCUCAAAUAUCACAGUUUCAUCUUCUGAUUCCAGUGAUCAUGAGGAACCGGCACGCCAGGUUUUUACAAGUGGUCCAGAGGCUGGCAGUGAAGGGAGCAAAAGAUCAGGAUUAAGGAGUUAUUUUGACUCGGAUAAGAGUGACUCUGAGGAGGAUCUUCGUAAAGAAAACUCAUCAAGCAAAACUCGAUUAGGUCCCGGAUUAUCUAGACGGUCAAAUACUCCUGUUUCCAGUUCUGAGAUAAAUUCAUCUUCCAAGUCCAGGGCUCCUUUUAAGUCUCCGGUUACUGCAGAUCGUGUUGUAGAACAAAAGUCAUCCUCGGCGAGUUCCUAUGCUACUGAAACUCAAGUGAAUUCCCCUUCUCGGAAGAAUUCACAUCACCAGGGACGUUCUGAGCGGGUUAAAUCACCACCAGAACAAGCUAGUUCUGAGCCAGUUUCGCAGUACAGAAGAUUUAUGCAUGAGGAAUCAUCCUCAAAAAGCUCCAAGUCUAUUGAUACUCAACAAAAUCAUCCUUCUCAAUCCAGUAAUUCAUUUAACUCGAGAAAAACAGAGCAGCGAAAAUCGACAGAACCAGCUAAAUCAAUUUCAGAAUCAAAGCAGUCAUCACGCGAGAAAAAUCUAAAACCAUCAGUGAGAGAGCAAUCAUCGAGUCGUCCCUCAAGAACCGUAACAUCAGGUGGUGCUGAAAGUACAAAGACAUCUGUGUCACGUGCAGAUCCUCCGUCCAGGGAAAACUCCAUCGACAAAGCCAGUCACGUGCACCCAAAACUUCCGGAUUAUGACACUAUAACAGCACACCUAUUGUCUCUCCGACAGAAUCGUCAAUAGAUACGGAUACUUUAAACGAUAGGUAGUUUACCGUAUUAUACCUGUUUAUAAUUCUUUUGCCUUGAGCUUGCCGUUAUAGGAUAUCUAAGAGUGGUUUGAAGUUUACAAGUUUGAGGAAUGUAGAUUUUCCGGUGCCUAUAGCUCAUUGGUUCUUUGAAGGGGCUGUGCAGUAAUCUUCUCAUUAUAUGAUUGUUAGCUGUACAUUUUUUGAUAUACUUUAUUAUUUACCAUUAAAGAAACGAUAUAAUCAUUGAAUUGAUUGAAUUGCUGUAAUGAGACAAUAAUGUAUGAUUGUAUUGAAAUUGGAGAGGAUUGUUGCUCCAUUUUACUUGCAAAGAAUGGAUCAUUUUUUGAA